CCACGGCACCGCGCUCCUCUCGGCGCGCAUGCGCUUUCCCCCGAGCGGCCACGGCGGCGGCGGUUCUGUGCGGCAAACCCGGUGUUGCGGCGAAUGCUGGAGAAAUGCAUGCAGGGCAGGGUCCUGCUCCUGACCAUCUGUGCGGCUGGCAUUGGUGGGACUUUUCAAUUUGGCUACAACCUCUCCAUCAUCAAUGCCCCAACUUUGCACAUUCAGGAGUUCAUCAAUGAGACCUGGAGGGUGCGUACCGGCCAGCCGCUGCCCCGCCACCUAGUUCUGUUGGUGUGGUCCCUCAUUGUGUCUCUGUACCCCCUGGGGGGCCUCUUCGGAGCACUGCUUGCUGGGCCCCUGGCCGUCAUGCUGGGAAGGAAGAAGUCCCUCCUGGUGAAUAACAUCUUUGUGGUGGCCGCAGCAACCCUGUUUGGCUUCAGCCGCAGAGCAGGCUCCUUUGAGAUGGUCAUCCUGGGCAGGCUGCUCAUAGGAGUCAGUGCAGGCGUGAGCAUGAGUGUCCAGCCCAUGUACCUGGGGGAAAGUGCCCCCAAGGAGCUCCGAGGAGCCGUGGCCAUGACCCCAGCCAUCUUCACCGCCCUGGGGAUCGUGAUGGGUCAGGUGGUUGGACUCAGGGAGGUCCUGGGUGACCCAUGGGCCUGGCCCCUGCUGCUGGCCAGCUGUCUGGUGCCUGGAGUGCUCCAACUUGCCUCCCUCCCUCUGCUCCCUGAGAGCCCACGCUACCUCCUCAUUGACUGUGGGGACACUGAGGCCUGCCUGGCAGCCCUGCAGCGGCUGCGGGGCACCGCCGACGUGGUGCAGGAGCUCUCGGAGCUGGACGAGGAGCGAGCCGCCUGCCGGGGCCAGCGAGCGCGGCGCCCGUGGGAGCUGCUGCAGGACCGCGGGCUGCGGAGGCAGGUGACCAGCCUGGCCGUGCUGGGCGGCGCCUUGGAGCUGUGCGGGAACGACUCGGUGUACGCGGUCGCCUCGUCGGUGUUCCGGGGGGCCGGCGUCCCCGACGCGGAGGUCCAGUACGCCGUCGUGGGCACCGGGAGCUGCGAGCUGCUGGCGGCCUGCGUGUCGUGUGUGCUGAUCGAGAGGGUGGGCCGCCGCGUGCUGCUGAUAGCCGGCUACUCCCUGAUGACCUGCUGGGGAAGUAUCUUCACCGUGGCCCUGUGCCUGCAGAGCUCCGUCCCCUGGAUGCCCUACCUGGCCAUGUCCUGCAUCUUUGCCUUCAUCCUCAGCUUUGGCAUUGGCCCCGCCGGAGUGACAGGGAUCCUGGCCACGGAGCUGUUUGACCAGAAGUCCCGGCCAGCUGCCUAUAUGGUCUGCGGAGCGCUCAUGUGGAUCUUGCUCUUCCUGGUCGGGCUGGGGUUUCCGUUCAUCAUGGAGGGCUUGUCCCACUUUUUCUAUGUGCCUUUCCUUGGUGUCUGUGUCUGUGGGGCCAUCUAUACUGCCUUCUUCCUCCCCGAGACCAAAGGCAAGAGCUUCCUGGAGAUCUCCGAGGAAUUGGACAGACUCAGCUUCCUUAAGCAGAACCAGGGCCCUGACUGGUCGGGCCCAGAAGUCAUCCUGUCCACAGAGCUGUAGCUCUGUAGGUACGGCGGGGGCCCAGAGCCAGCUGUUGCUCUCUCCUUUGCUUCCUGCUGAGGGUCCUGGCCCUCUGCAUUCCCUAAUUCUUGCAUUCAUUUGUUUAAUGAGUGCUUAUUAAGCACCUACUGCAUGCACGCUUGGUGCCAGGUGCUUAGCAAUCUGUGGUGAGCCAGAGAGACAGGAUCAGGACCUGCUGGUGCCCUGUCUAGAGGCAAUUAACAGGAAACCAAUAAAAAUAAUCACAAACUCUAGGAAAUGCUGUAGGAGAAAAUACAGAUUAUGAAGUGUGUGCAUACUAGGGAGCCUCACUUAGUUUGAGGAGGGUGGUCAGAAAAAAAUUUUCUGGGGGCACCUGGCUGGCUCAGUCGAUAUAGCAUGAGACUCUUGAUCUCAGUGUUGUGGGUUUGAGAGCAGUGUUGAGUGUAGAGAUUACUUAAAAAUACACUCUUUGGGCACCCAGGUGGCUCAGUCGGUUAAGUGCCCUGCUCUUGAUUUUGUCUCAGGUCAUGAUCUCAGGGUGGUGAGAUCAAACCCCAUGUCAGGCUCCACACUGGGCAUGAAGCCUACUUGGGAUUCUCACUCCCCCUCUCCCUCUGGUUUUCCCCUCCCCUGACCUCUAGGUGUGUGUGUGUGUGUGUGUGUGUGUGUGUAAUUUGAUUAGUUUUGGCAGAUGUAUAUGCCCAUGAAACCACCACCACCACCACAAAGUAGGACAUUCACAUCACCCCAAAAGCUGCCUCGUACCCCUUUGCAAUCAGUAGGCCCCCACCUGCAGCCCUAGGCAACCACUAACCUGCCAUCUGCCCCCAUAGGUCACAUUUGCUCUUUAUAGAGUUUGAUAUAAUUCUAUACUUUAUAUAUGCAUUUGUGUCUGUGUUUGCUCCAAAUAAAGUUUUUGGGAUUCCCGCAUGUUGUCACAUGUAUUAGUAUAUAUUCCUUUGUGUUGCUGAGCAGUAUUCCACUGCAUGGAUGUAUUGUAAUUUGUUUACCAUUUACCUGUUGAUGGACAUUCUGGGCUGUUUCUGAAUCUUGGCCAUCAUGAAUAAAACUGGAUAAACAUUUCUGUACAA